GUGCCAACACCGAUGCAACGGCGGCUCGUAACACAAAUCAGACCUAUGGACUGUUACAGCACUGCACGCUCAUCAAGGAGUUACAUGCGAUCCAGUCAAUUACCCUCUCUUCCUCGGGUCGCAAACUGCUUGUCACCGUUCAUAAGCGCGGCCUCCACCUCUGGGAUUUGGAGUCACUUGGGAUGCUGCAGCAGUUUGCUGGAUUCAAACAGGACCUCUACAAACUCACUUCCACCAUAGGUGGAAUAAAUGAGGAUUUUGUCGCCAGUGGAAGCGAAGAUGGGUUUCUUCAUCUUUGGCACCUUUCUUCCGGUGCGCGUCCCAUCUACUCUGCAAUGUCGGCUACCGGCGAGCACCCAGUCACCUGCGCCAACUGGAAUCCCGCUCUUCCCACCAUGCUGGCCACCGUAAAUGAUGAGGGCGAGAUACGCAUCUGGGCUCCAGCAAGUAAGCACUCCCUGUUUAUCCUACCUUGUUUUUCUUGUGCUUUUUGGUUUCCAUAA